CAAUUAAUUCCUCAGGCCCAGUUGCUAACCCUCUCCUCUCAACACGAAUGGAACCUCCCGCUGUUUCAUUCCACUAUGUCGAAAACAUUGACGCCGGCAACGUUGAUGUCGAUGUUGAUCCUUUGGUGAACCCAAAAUUUUUACCCCCAUCUUUUUCGGUUGAAGCGAAACAGCCGAUUUAUGGAGACGUCGACAAAAUGAAAACCGACGUCUUCGACGGUGACAACUUUGAUGCUAGCGACAACAUGGGAUAUUUGGAAAUUCUUUCGUCCAAAGAUGAUAAUCCGAAUGAUAAGAGCUCGUGGGAAGGAACGAACAUUAUUGUGCCCAGUGUUCGAAUGAAGUUUAAGAACGAGAAAGAGGUGUUUGAGUUUUACAAAAACUACACUUACUAAAUCGGUUUUCCCGUAAGGAAAAGAAAUUCGAAGCAGGGUGAUGAAGGAGUUAUAUGUUAUGUAACCUUUACAUGCAGUCGGGAAGGCCGUCGAACCAGUGGGACAAAUGCAGUUUUGAAGUCUCGACCAACCAUCCAAACUGGGUGCAAAGCAGAUUAACGGCAUGUUUUGACCUUAAUGGAAUUUGGCGUAUUAACACGGUUCAUCUAGAGUAUAAUCACAGAACUAGCUCAUCAAAAUCACGGCUAUAUCGAUGUAAUCAUCAAAUCAGUGCACGAGUUAAAAGACAACUUGAAAGAAAUGACAUCGCUGGUAUACCACAAGAGUUUUAACUCAAUCGUAGUUGAAGCGGUGGUUAUGAGAAGAUUGCAUGUGUGGAGAAGGAUUGUAAAAAUUUCAUUGACAAAGUACGUUGGUCGAGACUUGGGCAAGGAGACGCUAUUGCAAUACAAGCGUAUUUUUUGAAGAUGCAAGCAAAUAGUCCUGGCUUCUAUUUCAAUAUAGACUUCGAUGAGGAUGCCCACUUGAGGAACGUUUUCUGGGCAGAUAACAUGUACAGGCAAGCGUGUAAGGAAUUCGUUGAUGUAGUAACGUUUGACACCACGUACUUGACUAACAAGUACGAAAUGCCUUUUGCUCUCUUUGUUGGGGUAAACCAUCAUGGACAAUCAACUUUACUUGGAUGUGGUUUGGUCUCAAAUGAGGAUACAAGUACUUUUGUAUGGUUAUUCAGAACCUAGCUUAAGUGCAUACAUGAUGGAGCUCUAACUGGAAUUAUUACAGAUCAGGAUCGAGCUAUGCAGAAUGCAAUUGAAAUCGUGUUUCGAAACAUAAAACAUAGGUGGUGCUUGUGGCAUAUCUAAAAAAGUAACUAGAAAAAUUUAGUGGCCAUAAACAUAAAGUUUCUAUUCUUUUUGCUAUGCAUCACUUGGUAUAUAUGUGCAAAGUUGUAAGGAAUUUGAGCAAGGUUGCAGUAAGAUGUUAGAAGAUUACAAAGUGGUUGAAUAUUUUUGGUUGAUCGGACUGUACAAUGAGAGGUUCAAUGGGUGCCAUGCUGUUUGAAAAUUUCAUUCUGGAUGGGUAUGUCAACCACUCAACGAAGUAAGAGCAUAAAUGCAUUUUUUGAUGGCUAUGUCCAUUCGAAAAAAUCCCUAAAAACAUUUGUAGAGCAGUAUGAGCGUGCUUUGAGAAAUAAAGUUGAGAAGGAGGUUCAAAAUGAUUUCAAAUCAUCCUCACAGAUGGUUCUAUGUGUGACAACGCAAAGUUCAGGGAAUUCCAAGAACAGUUCACCGGAAGGAUAUAUUGUGAAGUUUUAUCUGCUCAUGAUUCAUACUUACAUACCAUCUAUGAAGUGCAUGAGGACAUCAUUUCAAAUGAAUAUAUGAAGACAAAAAUGUUUGAAGUGUGCUUCCGUAGGGAUGAAUGUGAUUUGAGUGCAAUUGUCAUUUGCUUGAGUUAAGAGGAAUUAUUUGCAAGCACGCGAUCACAGUUUUGAUCCUUAACCAAGUGAAAUUAGUGCCUGAGAAAUACAUAUUAAAGAGAUGGAGACGAGAUGUUAACAGACCGUAUGUGAGGGUUCCAAUCAGUUAUGACGGUUGGAUCAGUACUCCUAACCAAGUUAGAUAUGAGCAAAUGUGCGAUGCAUUUACCAAGUUAACUUAUAUGAUUGCACAUGACAAAUCAUGAUCAAAGGAAAUUAUUGAGUGGAUUGAUUAUUAAACUGUAAAGUCAUCCACGCUAAAGUCCAAGACGGAGGUCUUCGCAAGCUUUGAUAGAGUUGUCUAGUGUGCUAGUGAAGUCAUCCUCGACCCAAAAUACUCAAAAAGGCAAAAGAACUCCAAAAAACUUCGUCGAAAGGGACAUUUUGAAACUUGUUCAAAGAAGUCAAACAAUUGUCUGAAGGUUUAUAUUUUUUUCUAUUUUUUUCAUUUGUUCAUGAUCAGUACUUUGUAGUCGUGAAAUCAUUAGUUUUUUUCAUACCACGUAGGGGCCAACGAAGCCAAUUGUAUUGAAAAGGCAUAAAGAAAAUGAUUCGACUGCAUUCAUUGAUUAGGUAAAUGAGCUUUGCAAUGAACGAUACCAAGUUAUUUGAGUUCAGGUUUGAGAUGCUUGUCAUUGACAUUACCUAUUUCAUUUUGUAAGAUGUUCGUGUACAAAAUACCCCUCAUCAUAGCUAUCCUCAAGUCGGCACAUAGGAGAGCAUAGCUGGUUAUGAUUUUGGGAUCCAAAACAGUUUCAAAUUAUUACAUUUUUUUGGAUAAUUAUUUUGCUAAGCUAAUGUAUUUGCAAUCGUUUUUGUUAGCUUCAAAUUCAGCUUUUCCUUAGGACUCGAAGGCCUUUUCUUUAGUCCCUCUUUUCACAACAAGGAGCUCUUACAUUUUUGCUUAUUUUUGUAUUGGCAGUACUUUUGUUAAGCUCAUUUAUUGCAGGAUCUGUAUGUUAAAGCUAUUGUGAUGAAAUUAGACCCAUUUGUUGUAACCUAUAUUUUAGUAUUCUAGUCAAGUUAGAAUUUGAAGUA